AUGCGUGACAAGCCGCAUGACCUCCGAGGGCCGAGAAACGUGCAUCGUGGAGCAGAGUUCGAUCCGUUCAAGCCGCCUUCCAAGUUGGAGGAGCUCGUCGGCACGACUGGCGCCAGCUUCGCGACACCCAUCAUGGCGUCUCCUCCUAGAAACAAGCUUCCAGUGAAGCGCUUGUCUUCAUUUCCCGGAAUUCCCGAUUCCGAGGCAGACGUGAAACCGCAGAAGCCAGCGGCCCUGAACUUCUCCAAGCGGGAUGAAAUUGCGGCAAUGCAAAAACUGGCUGGAGAAGGUGGCCUCGUAUUGGAUAUUUAUCUUGGAGCCGAGUGUGUCACCAACAUCUGCACCGACGUGGUGAUGAUCCUACUUCUUUGGAGGGAGGUGAAGAUUUUCAUCUUUUGGGCACCCGUGAUCAUAGCUAUUGCAUUCGCAAAGGUGUAUUACACGAGCCUGCUGUACCAGUUCUACAGAAUCUACAAAAUGACCCGCGGCAAGGCUUACGACGGAGAGGGCCUCGCGGAAAUCGCGUGCAGCGGACGAGCGUCCAGGGCGCGAACUCCCGCUGUGCCCACAGCCGCCGAAGGCAGAACACCCGCCGGCCUCUCGCCGCUGCAUCCGCACGGCGUGGCGCUGCCAACCACAGUCCCCGGAACCCCACUCACGGCAGUCCAAACGCCCAGUGGCCCUUCGCAGUCCUCCGUUACCCCGCGAGACGGCGGGACGGCCGUGGCCUCCGCGAUGACGAGCUCCUCGACGACGCCUCAGCCGCAGACGGCAGACUGUUCCGCAGCGGUGACUCCUCGGCCGAUCAUCCAAACACCCAUAAAACCACGUGUGGCAGCCGAACGAGAUCUAGCCGUGACGGUCGACUCCAAAGCAAAGUCUCGACCACCGGCCGCCGGUCGUUCGAAAAAGCAGCCCUGCACUGCGGACGGUCGCAAUGCCGGCGGCAAAGCGACGGCGACAAAGAGCCCCGCCGAACACACGCGACCGUUUAGCCAACCCACCUAAACCUGCCCAGGCAGCGAUGCCGCUGCAGCGUCCAUGGCAGCUAGCCAUAGGUGGCAGACGGCACCGACAGCGUUCGCAGACGUCACAGACUCCUCGAGGACGCAGAAGCUUCGUAUAGGCGCUAUUAACUUAUUGCGGUGCUAUUAUUGCCUUCUAUACAUCAUUUAAAAGAAAUAAGAAUGUUGGCUUUGGUGUCACUUAGUGUCGAAGCAGGUGCAAAUAUCUUAGUGUCCAAUAAGUAUGCCACGUCAGUUUCGCAUACCUUAGACCGGAACAAUUACUUUUGCUAAUAACAAAAAUUUCACGCCAUAGGCAAUUU